UGUAAGUCGAACGUGUAUAAAAUAGACGAGAAAAGCACAUCAAAAUAUCUUCAUAUUUUCGAGUAUUUUUUGCCGUACAACUGCCACAAUGAGUAUUCCUCCGAAUCGCCACCCGUGUUGUUUGGGGCACAUCAAUUUUUACUGGAACAGAACAGGUGAAAGUAGGGGCCCCCGAUGCCCGAUGUGUCUUUCUCUGCCGUUGCGAGACGCCUGCAUCGCGUCCGAUCGACCCACAAAACUAGCGGGCUUCGUGAAGCUCUUGAGUAGCGUGACGCGGCGUCAGCCCGGCGAGAAACUGGACCCGGAGGCGAUGGCUUUGGCCCUGGGUAGGGACAAGGACUGGAGGGUUAGACAAGUGGAAAUCAUGAGGGCGAUACAGAGGGCACUGACGGUGGCGAAAUUUGACCAGAAGAUUACAUUUUGUCAAAUCAUCAAUCCAAUAGGACCAAUAAGUAUCAACCAUGACAUGGAAUGGCGACAGUUAGCCAACCUUCUUAUGGAUGCAGGAAUCUUAGAGGUAUCAACUCUACUCCUCAAGAUCCGCAUACCAAACCUAACAGAUGAGACUGAUGUCUACGGCGACCCAUGGGAGUCUAUCUAUUUUUAUACGCUUGAGACCAUGUCUAACAUCUUGUUGACCAGUCACUGGGAGAACCCCAGAGCCAGGGCGUUCACCAUCAAGGCAAUAGGAACUGACUACAUCCAUGCUGUCAUGGCCUUCGUCAAGGAGACCAAAUACUUCAUGGUGACCAUCAUGGCCAUCUACAACUUCUGCCACAUCUUCACGGACUUCCCCGCCGUGGGCAUCAAGCUGGACAGUUCGGGCAUCAUGACUAAACUCGGCUACUUCCUCCACAAGGACAACUCCAUCCGCAUCAUGAACAAGUGGAUGCAGCAGGGACUCUUUGCCUACGAGCUGGACCAGCUGAUGGAGAACCCCGCCGGAUUGCUCCCGCUGACCACGGUCGCCAACCCGGACGUCAAGAAUCUACCAGACUGCAACGACCAGGAACUUCGAGAGAUCGGGAUCCAGUUUGCGAGCACCUUGCAACAGACGAGUCUGCAGUGUUUAGGGUUUUUGUCAAAAGAUAAAGCUGUGCGAUCGUAUGUUACAAAAGAUCAACUUGCAGGAAGGGCUGUCAGUCGAUGGCUGCGCAUGCCCAUCCUGUCUACAGAAAAUUGUUACAUGCUACAAGCGUGUCUGAAAGUUUUAUCGGAGAUGGUCCACGUCAACGGCUUUGCCUGGAAACUUCUCGAUGACUAUGGCUUUAUGGGUCAUCUGGAAAAAGGAGCAUUCUACCCAAGUAAAGACGUCAUAUGGCAUUACUUAGAAGUAGCUACGAGAAUAGGAAUGCACCGUGGUCUAUUGCUAAAGAGAAUUGUAGAAAAUCCUUUAGUCAUGCGGUCAGCCGGGAUCCACAUGUACAGCCUUGAGCCCAAUUGUCAUGUCUAUUCCAUAGCUCUACUAACACUGGCCGUUGAUAACCCUGGGGUGGAGUACGUUAUCAAAUACUUCGGCCCCAGACAUUUCUACUACUACUCUGAUUAUUUUUUCAACAAGACACCAAUUAUAGGAAUCAAAGUGUCUGAACUACAAAAUGGCUGCCGACGCUUAGGCAAGAAAAUGUACGAUAGAGCAGAAAAAGAAUUCAGUAAAACCCGUCAUCUCAUUCUGGAUGCCGGUAAAGCCAGCGAGCUCAAGGAGAAGGGAAAUAAAUGCUACAAGAGCGGAAAGUGUCAAGAAGCUAUAACGCUUUACACCCAGGCCCUCAAUGUCUGUCCCCCAACGAAACCAGACAAGAAAGGUCAAAAGAGGGAACAGAGUAGUCCACCAUUAUGGUCUCCCCUGCCAGCGACGUUGCUUAGUAACCGCGCACAAUGUUAUAUCAAUCUUGGCGAUUACGAGAAAGCUGUUGAAGAUUGCGACGAGGCGAUUGCAAGAUGCUUAGGAGCCACAGACGAAGACGACCCAACCUAUCCGGACACGGUGAGAUACAAAGCCAUCUUCCGCCGCUCCAAAGGUCUGUUUGAGCUGGGGCAGUACUUCCGCUCCAUGCAGGAUAUUGCAGAGUGUCAACUCAAUCAGCCAUGUGAGAUGUUUAAGGCCCAUCUGGAUAAGGUGAUGAUCCGUUUCAGGGUUAUGAUGGGACCGGACCCGAUGCCGCGAUGCGACGAGUGCGUGCAUUACAACGGAGCCAGGGUCAAACGCUGCACUCACUGUAUGGCCACGUACUGCUCAAAGAAAUGCCAAGAAACCGCUUGGGUUAAACGCCACAAGAUUAACUGCCAGGAGUAUCAAGCUGAGAUGGCGGCCAAGAAAGAAGGGACUAGACCCAAGCCUCAAGAUCUAGACUAAGGAGCUCUACAUGGUACCCUCACUCCUGGGUCUUCUAAGGACUUCUCCAUGGUACCCUCACUCCUGGGUCUUAUAAGGACUUCUUCAUGGUACCCUCAUCCCUGGGUCUUCUAUGGACUUCUACAUGGUACCCUCAUCCCUGGGUCUCCUAAGGACUUCUUCAUGGUACCCUCACUCCUGGGUCUCCUAAGGACUUCUUCAUUGUACCCUCAUCCCUGGGUCUCCUAAGGACUUCUACAUGGUACUCUCAUCCCUGGGUCUCCUAAGGACUUCUACAUGGUACUCUCAUCCCUGGGUCUCCUAAGGACUUCUACAUGGUACCCUCAUCCCUGGGUCUCCUAAGGACUUCUACAUGGUACCCUCACUCCUGGGUCUCCUUAGAACUUCUUCAUGUGACCCUCAUCCCCGGGUCUCCUAAGGACUUCUAUAUGGUACUCUCAUCCCUGGGUCUCCUAAGGACUUCUACAUGGUACCCUCAUCCCUGGGUCUCCUAAGGACUUCUACAUGGUACUCUCAUCCCUGGGUCUCCUAAGGACUUCUACAUGGUACUCUCAUCCCUGGGUCUCCUAAGGACUUCUACAUGGUACUCUCAUCCCUGGGUCUCCUAAGGACUUCUACAUGGUACCCUCAUCCCUGGGUCUCCUAAGGACUUCUACAUGGUACCCUCACUCCUGGGUCUCCUUAGAACUUCUUCAUGUGACCCUCAUCCCCGGGUCUCCUAAGGACUUCUAUAUGGUACUCUCAUCCCUGGGUCUCCUAAGGACUUCUACAUGGUACCCUCAUCCCUGGGUCUCCUAAGGACUUCUACAUGGUACUCUCAUCCCUGGGUCUCCUAAGGACUUCUACAUGGUAUCCUCAUCCCUGGGUCUCCUAAGGACUUCUACAUGGUACCCUCAUCCCUGGGUCUCCUAAGGACUUCUACAUGGUACCCUCACCCCUGGGUCUCCUAAGGACUUCUACAUGGUACCCUCACUCCUGGGUCUCCUAAGCUUUGUACAGCAAAAAUUGCUUAGUACACAAGGCUAUAUAUAGCCAUGUACACUUUUCAAGCAAAAAUUGCCUUGUGAAC